UGUAGUACGCAGCCGCAGCGGAAAAAGUGACAAUGGUCCUGAUCAAGGAAUAGAAAAUAACCUCACACUCGACGUCAACAAAACAAAGGAGAUUAUUGUGGACUUCAGGAAACAGCAGACGGACCACCCCCCUAUCCACAUCGAUGGGACAGUAGUAGAGAGGGUAGUAAGUUAAGUUCCUCGGCGUACACAUCACAGACAAACUGAAUUGGUCCACCCACACAGACGGCGUCGUGAAGAAGGCGCAGCAGUGCCUCUUCAACCUCAGGAGGCUGAAGAAAUUUGGCUUGUCACCAAAAGCACUCACAAACUUCUACAGAUGCACAAUCGAGAGCAUCCUGUCGGGUUGUAUCACCGCCUGGUACGGCAACUGCUCCGCCCACAACCGUAAGGCUCUCCAGAGGGUAGUGAGGUCUGCACAACGCAUCACCGGGGGCAAACUACCUGCCCUCCAGGACACCUACACCACCCGAUGUUACAGGAAGGCCAUAAAGAUCAUCAAGGACCACAACCACCCGAGCCACUGCCUGUUCAACCCGCUAUCAUCCAGAAGGCGAGCCGUGUGGUCUUACCCUGUACUGUGGAGGAGUAUCAAGUGGGCCAGUUGUACUCUGUAGCAGUGGCCAGUAAGAAUGAGACAGGUGGAGGAGAGGGAAUUGAGGUCCUCAAGAAUGAACCCUAUGAGAAGGAUGGCGAGAAAGGACAGUACACACACAAAAUCUACCAUCUGAAGAGUAAAGUCCCUGCGUUUGUCAAGAUGAUUGCUCCUGAGGGCUCUCUGGUCUUCCAUGAAAAGGCCUGGAACGCUUACCCUUACUGCCGAACCAGUGAGUCCUCUCCUCCUCUCUCCUCUCCUGCCCUGGCCCUUCCCUCCACCCCCCCUGUCCUGCCUGCACUCUGACCCACAGCCUUAUGUAUUUAGACAUUUUAAUUUGACUCAUUGUUGGUAUUGUUUGCAUGAGUUUAGGGCUGUCCCCAACAGAAAAACAUCUUGGUCCACUGAAAAUCGUAUGUUCUUUCAACCAAUCGAUUGGUCAACAUUUUUAAAUGUGUAUUUUUAUAUAUAUCUAUCUACAGUGGGGCAAAAAAGUAUUUAGUCAGCCACCAAUUGUGCAAGUUCUCCCAC